AUGAGCGCAUUUAAAUUCGACGAGUUUGUGGAAAGUCCUUCAUUAGAGGCUAUUGAGGAUUGUGACGUAAAGAAAGCCGACUGGGUUCAGUUAGCUCGACAUUUUGAAGUAACAAUUCGAGCAGCGUGGCGCAAGAGUGAAAUUAAGAAAGCGGUUAUUACUCAUUUAGUAUCAUCUGGCUUGCUUGAGGAUAACGCAUUGAUGCUGUGUGAUCCUGAAGAUAAGAGUUUACGGGUAAUGGAGAUUGAGUUGGAGAGAGAGAAGUUAAAAGACAGAGAAAGAGAGCGAAAUUUUCAGUUGCAAUUAAUGGAAAGGAAAAGGGAAUUGCAGAUGCAGGAGCAUGAUUUUGAUCUCUCGAAAGUAAUUAAGUUCGUCCCAAAUUUUGACGAGUCUGAUCCUGAGGAAUAUUUCGGACAGUUUGAACACGUGGCAGCCACUCUGAAGUGGCCACGCGACUACUGGCCCAUACUUAUUCAGUCGAGUCUAAAAGGGAAGGGUCGUUCUGUCUAUCUCUCUCUGGCUGGAUCGCAUCAGUCCGAUUAUGACACCAUGAAGGAUGCGAUUCUUAAAGCGUAUCAGUUGAGUGCCGAGUUUUAUAGAAACCGAUUUCGGAAUUGUGUCAAAGAUAAUAACCAGUCAUUUGUAGAGUAUAUGCACAAGAUUUCUAAACUGCAAACUCGUUGGUUAUCUGCAAGCAAUGUUAGUGAUUAUGAAAGAUUAAAAGAACUUAUGCUGUUGGAACAAUUCAUAAGGGGAGUGUCGCCAGAAGUUCGCAUGUACCUGCUGGAGCGUGAAGUUAACACCGUUGAGAGAGCAGCUUUGUUAGCUGAGAAUUUUAAUCUGAUUUCUAAAAGUAAAGUAAAUAUAAAUAAAUACUCUCACCCCUCCGCUUUCGCUCCGUCUGUGGAUGGUAAGUCUGUUGGGCGGGAUAGCAUGAAUUCUGAUUUUGUGGCAAAGAGAAGUAGCUAUGGUAAAGGUACGGGUUCAGGAUGGUCGUCUGGAUGUUUUUACUGUAAGAAAAUAGACCAUAUUAAGGCAAAUUGUCCCAAGUUAGUGAGGAAGGGACAAGUUUCAGAGCCUAAACCUGUAGCUAAUUAUACCUUUGUACCAACAGACAAUGUCCAGGAUCUGCCGCAGCGUCCCUCGGUUGAUGAUCAUGAUUCAUUUCAUCCUUUCAUCUUUUCUGGUUCCGUGGCCUUAGAUGAAGCUGGUUCUUCUGUCCCUGUGUCUGUAUUUCGUGAUACUGGUGCUUCACACAGUGUCAUUUUGAAGGAGGCAGUUCCUUUUGUGGAAAAGGCAUACACUGGGAAAUUCGUAGUAGUGGAAGGUUUUGGAGGGUGUGUUACAGUGCCCCUAUGUAAGUUGUAUCUAAGGACGGAUUUGUUGCUUAUGAUCCUGCUGUAG